ACCAUGAUCCUAGGGUGAAGUGCUGCUAAUCUGAAGGAGAACACAGAAUAUUGAGGUGUCCCUGCGAUUCUUUUCUAUAGUAAAUUUCUUAUCCUGCAGUGGCAAUCAUGGAAAUCGACAGACAAGUGCUGAAUUUUGGGGCUGGACCUGCAAAACUGCCACCUUCAGUUUUGUUAGAAGCACAAAAAGAAUUGAUUGACUAUGGUGGCCUUGGCAUCAGCAUUCUAGAAAUGAGUCACAGAUCGUCAAACUUCACAAAGGUCUUAAACAACACAGAGACCUGCUUACGGGAGUUACUUGACAUUCCAGAUAAUUAUAAAGUUCUCUUCCUCCAAGGAGGUGGCAGUGGACAGUUCAGCGCUAUACCCCUUAAUCUUAUUGGUCUAAAGCCUGCUAAAUGUGCCGACUAUGUGGUUACUGGUGCUUGGUCAGCAAAGGCAGCCAAAGAAGCUGAGAAAUAUGGAAAAGUAAAUAUUGUUUACCCAAAGCUUGAAAGCUACACAGGAAUUCCUGACCAAAGCAGCUGGAAUCUUAACCCAGAAGCGUCUUACGUGUAUUAUUGUGCCAAUGAAACUGUACAUGGAGUAGAGUUUCAGUUUGUCCCUGAUGUUAAGGGAGCAGUGCUUGUUUGUGAUAUGUCUUCAAAUUUCCUGUCUAGGCCUAUAGAUCUUUCCAAGUUUGGUGUCAUUUUUGCUGGAGCUCAGAAGAAUGUUGGCUGUGCUGGGGUUACAGUGGUAAUAGUUCGAGAAGAUUUAUUGGGCUUCGCUCUGAAGGAAUGCCCCACCAUUUUUGAUUACAAUAUCCAGACAGGAAAUGGUUCCCUGUAUAAUACACCUCCAUGUUUCAGCAUCUACAUAAUGGGUCUAGUGCUAGAAUGGAUUAAGAAUAAUGGAGGUGCAGCAUCCAUGGAGAAGUUAAGCAUAAUCAAAUCCGAAAUUAUUUAUAAUGUUAUCGAUCAAUCCAAUGGAUUGUAUGUAUGUCCUGUGGAUAAAAAGAGUAGAAGCAGAAUGAACAUUCCAUUCCGUAUUGGAAGUUUUAAGGGUGAUAAUGCUUUAGAGAAAAAAUUCCUUGAUAAAGCUGCAGAACUUAACAUGAUGUCUCUUAAAGGGCACAGAUCUGUUGGAGGAAUCAGAGCUUCGUUGUACAAUGCUGUCACUGUGGAAGAAGUUAAACAGCUUGCAAAUUUUAUGAAAAGCUUUAUGGAUUCACACUAAGGGACAUUUGUACAUUUUGUUAUAAAUUCUGUACAUAAGAGAGAGCACUUAGAGAAAAAAAAAAGAUAUUUUGCUAUUCUUUAUGUUGCCUUGUAUGUAAAAUAGCUUUUCUUUUUUUGUACUUUAAGGGGGGGGGGGGGAUUGCACUCUUUAACACUUUGCCAUACAGGUAGUUUAAAACUUUGCAUUUUUUCAGUCUAUCAUCAUGAGUUCCUAUUACACUGCAUAAACAUCUCAUGCACAUCAUAAAAAAAAUCUUUAAAUUAAAUUUGCACGGUCCUGUAUAAAGGUUUUUGCUGUGUUCCAUGCAUUGGUAAGUGCAAAAGGUAUAUAACAUCCUUCCUUUAUUGAGGGGGGGGGGGGGUUGUCUGGUUUUUAUAUGAAUUUAUAUUUCAAGAGAAAAAAAUGCAGUGCAGAUCCAUUGUCUAAGUCUAUACAGCUAGUCUCUGUAAACACCUAAGUUAUUUAACAUGUUUAAAUGAUGACAUGGAGGUAACUAAAAUAUUGUACUGCUUCUGAUAAAAUGCAGAAGAAAAAUAUAAUUACAGUUAAAACUAUCAGUGACUACAAAUGUAAGAAAAAUAUAAAUGUGUUUUUCUUUCAUGUAAUUAGCAAGAGUCCAUGAGCUAGUGACGUUUGGGAUAUACAUUCCUACCAGGAGGGGCAAAGUUUCCCAAACCUCAAAAUGCCUAUAAAUACACCCCUCACCACACCCACAAAUCAGUUUUACAAACUUUGCCUCCUAUGGAGGUGGUGAAGUAAGUUUGUGCUAGAUUCUACGUUGAUAUGCGCUCCGCAGCAGGUUGGAGCCCGGUUUUCCUCUCAGCGUGCAGUGAAUGUCAGAGGGAUGUGAAGAGAGUAUUGCCUAUUUGAAUUCAAUGAUCUCCUUCUACGGGGUCUAUUUCAUAGGUUCUCUAUUAUCGGUCGUAGAGAUUCAUCUCUUACCUCCCUUUUCAGAUCGACGAUAUACUCUUAUAUAUACCAUUACCUCUGCUGAUUCUCGUUUCAGUACUGGUUUGGCUUUCUACUUCAUGUAGAUGAGUGUCCUGGGGUAAGUAAGUCUUAUUUUUGUGACACUCUAAGCUAUGGUUGGGCACUUUUAUAUAAAGUUCUAAAUAUAUGUGUUUAAACAUUUAUUUGCCUUGAUUCAGGAUGUUCAACGUUCCUUAUUUCAGACAGUCAGUUUCGUAUUUGGGAUAAUGCAUAUGAAUAAAUCAAUUUUUUUCUUACCUUAAAAUUUGACUUUUUUCCCUGUGGGCUGUUAGGCUCGCGGGGGCUGAAAAUGCUUCAUUUUAUUGCGUCAUUCUUGGCGCAGACUUUUUUGGCGCAAAAUUUUUUUUUCUUUGUUUCCGGCGUCAUACGUGUCACCGGAAGUUGCGUCAUUUUUUGACGGUUUUUUUGCGCCAAAAGUGUCGGCGUUACCGGAUGUGGCGUCAUAAUGUGGGCGUCUUUUUUUGGCGCUAAAAAUUAUGGGCGUCACUAUUGUCUCCACAUUAUUUAAGUCUCAUUGUUUAUUGCUUCUGGUUGCUAGAAGCUUGUUCACUGGCAUUUUUUCCCAUUCCUGAAACUGUCAUUUAAGGAAUUUGAUCAAUUUUGCUUUAUAUGUUGUUUUUUCUAUUACAUAUUGCAAGAUGUCCCAGAUUGACCCUGAGUCAGAAGAUACUUCUGGAAAAUCGCUGCCUGGUUCUGGAUCUACCAAAGUUAAGUGUAUUUGCUGUAAACUUGUGGUAUCUGUUCCUCCAGCUGUUGUUUGUAAUGUCAUGACAAACUUGUUAAUGCAGAUAUUUCCUUUAGUAAUGUUACAUUACCUGUUGUUCCAUCAACAUCUAAUGCUCAGAGUGUUCCUGUUAACAUAAGAGAUUUUGUUUCUAAAUCCAUUAAGAAGGCUAUGUCUGUUAUUCCUCCUUCUAGUAAACGUAAAAGGUCCUUUAAAACUUCUCAUUUUUCACAUGAAUUUUUAAAUGAACAUCAUCAUUCUGAUUCUGAUAAUGAUUCCUCUGGUUCAGAGGAUUCUGUUUCAGAGGUUGAUGCUGAUAAAUCUUCAUAUUUGUUCAAAAUGGAAUUUAUUCGUUCUUUACUUAAAGAGGUCUUAAUUGCAUUAGAAAUAGAGGAUUCUGGUCCUCUUGAUACUAAAUCUAAACGUUUAAAUAAGGUUUUUAAAUCUCCUGUAGUUAUUCCAGAAGUUUUUCCUGUCCCUGAUGCUAUUUCUGAAGUAAUCUCCAGGGAAUGGAAUAAUUUGGGCAAUUCAUUUACUCCUUCUAAACGUUUUAAGCAAUUAUAUCCUGUGCCAUCUGACAGAUUAGAGUUUUGGGAUAAAAUCCCUAAAGUUGAUCGCGCUAUCUCUAAUCUUGCUAAACGUACUACUAUUCCUACGGCAGAUAGUACUUCCUUUAAAGAUCCUUUAGAUAGGAAAAUUGAAUCCUUUCUAAGAAAAGCUUACUUAUGUUCAGGUAAUCUUCUUAGACCUGCUAUAUCUUUAGCGGAUGUUGCUGCAGCUUCAACUUUUUGGUUAGAAGCUUUAGCACAACAAGUAACAGAUCAUAAUUCUCAUAGCAUUGUUAAUCUUCUUCAACAUGCUAAUAAUUUUAUUUGUGAUGCCAUCUUUGAUAUCAUUAGUGUUGAUGUCAGGUAUAUGUCUCUAGCUAUUUUAGCUAGAAGAGCUUUAUGGCUUAAAACUUGGAAUGCUGAUAUGUCUUCUAAGUCAACUUUGCUUUCCCUUUCUUUCCAGGGUAAUAAAUUAUUUGAAUCACAGUUGGAUUCUAUUAUCUCAACUGUUACUGGAGGAAAAGGAACUUUUUUACCACAGGAUAAAAAAUCUAAAGGUAAAUUUAGGUCUAAUAAUCGUUUUCGUUCCUUUCGUCACAAUAAGGAACAAAAGCCUGAUCCUUAACCCUCAGGAGCGGUAUCAGUUUGGAAACCAUCUCCAGUCUGGAAUAAAUCCAAGCCUUUUAGAAAACCAAAGCCAGCUCCCAAGUCCAUAUGAAGGUGCGGCCCUCGUUCCAGCCCAGCUGGUAGGGGGCAGAUUACGAUUUUUCAAAGAAAUUUGGAUCAAUUCAAUUCACAAUCUUUGGAUUCAAAACAUUGUUUCAGAAGGGUACAGAAUUGGCUUCAAGAUAAGGCCACCUGCAAGAAGAUUUUUUCUUUCCUGUGUCCCAGUAAAUCCAGCGAUGGCUCAAGCAUUUCUGAAAUGUGUUUCAGAUCUAGAGUUGGCUGGAGUAAUUUUACCAGUUCCAGUUCUUGAACAGGGGCUGGGGUUUUACUCAAAUCUCUUCAUUGAAGGAGAAUUCCUUCAGACCAGUUCUGGAUUUAAAAAUAUUGAAUCGUUAUGUAAGGAUACCAACAUUCAAAAUGGUAACUAUAAGGACUAUCCUGCCUUUUGUUCAGCAAGGGCAUUAUAUGUCCACAAUAGAUUUACAGGAUGCAUAUCUGCAUAUUCCGAUUCAUCCAGAUCACUAUCAGUUUCUGAGAUUCUCUUUCCUAGACAAGCAUUACCAGUUUGUGGCUCUGCCGUUUGGCCUAGCAACAGCUCCAAGGAUUUUUACAAAGGUUCUCGGUGCCCUUCUGUCUGUAAUCAGAGAACAGGGUAUUGUGGUAUUUCCUUAUUUGGACGAUAUCUUGGUACUUGCUCAGUCUUCACUUUUAGCAGAAUCUCAUACGAAUCAACUUGUAUCGUUUCUUCGAGAACAUGGUUGGAGGAUCAAUUUACCAAAGAGUUUGUUGAUUCCUCAGACAAGGGUAACCUUUUUAGGUUUCCAGAUAGAUUCAGUGUCCAUGACUCUGUCGCUUACAGAAAAAAGACGUCUGAAAUUGGUUUCAGCUUGUCGAAACCUUCAGUCUCAAUCAUUCCCUUCGGUAGCCUUAUGCAUGGAAAUUCUAGGUCUUAUGACUGCUGCAUCGGACGCGAUCCCCUUUGCUCGUUUUCACAUGCGACCUCUUCAGCUUUGUAUGCUGAACCAGUGGUGCAGGGAUUACACAAAGAUAUCUCAAUUGAUAUCUUUAAAACCGAUUGUAUGACACUCUCUGAUGUGGUGGACAGAUCACCAUCGUUUAGUUCAGGGGGCUUCUUUUGUUCUUCCGACCUGGACUGUGAUUUCAACAGAUGCAAGUCUGACAGGUUGGGGAGCUGUUUGGGAAUCUCAGGAGGUGAGAUUACCAAUCAAUAUUUUGGAACUCCGUGCAAUUUUCAGAGCUCUUCAGUCAUGGCCUCUUCUAAAGAGAGAACCGUUCAUUUGUUUUCAGACAGACAAUGUCACAACUGUGGCAUAUAUCAAUCAUCAAGGAGGGACUCACAGUCCUCUGGCUAUGAAAGAAGUAUCUCGAAUACUGGUAUGGGCGGAAUCCAGCUCCUGUCUAAUUUCUGCGGUUCAUAUCCCAGGUAUAGACAAUUGGGAAGCGGAUUAUCUCAGUCGCCAAACGUUACAUCCGGGCGAAUGGUCUCUUCACCCAGAGGUUUUUCUUCAGAUUGUUCAAAUGUGGGGACUUCCAGAAAUAGAUCUGAUGGCUUCUCAUCUAAACAAGAAACUUCCCAGGUAUCUGUCCAGAUCCAGGGAUCCUCAGGCGGAAGCAGUGGAUGCAUUGUCACUUCCUUGGAAGUAUCAUCCUGCCUAUAUCUUUCCGCCUCCUAGUUCUUCUUCCGAGAGUAAUUUCCAAGAUUCUGAAGGAAUGCUCGUUUGUUCUGCUGGUGGCUCCAGCAUGGCCUCACAGGUUUUGGUAUGCGGAUCUUGUCCGGAUAAGACCAGACCUUCUGUCGCAAGGUCCUUUUUUCCAUCAGGAUCUCAAAUCCUUAAAUUUGAAGGUAUGGAGAUUGAACGCUUGAUUCUUAGUCAAAGAGGUUUCUCUGACUCUGUGAUUAAUACUAUGUUACAGGCUCGUAAAUCUGUAUCUAGGAAGAUAUAUUAUCGAGUCUGGAAGACUUACAUUUCUUGGUGUCUUUCUCAUCAUUUUUCCUGGCAUUCUUUUAGAAUUCCGAGAAUUUUACAGUUUCUUCAGGAUGGUUUGGAUAAAGGUUUGUCUGCAAGUUCCUUGAAAGGACAAAUCUCUGCUCUUUCUGUUCUUUUUCACAGAAAGAUUGCUAAUCUUCCUGAUAUUCAUUGUUUUGUACAAGCUUUGGUUCGUAUAAAGCCUGUUAAGUCAAUUUCUCCUCCUUGGAGUUUGAAUUUGGUUCUGGGGGCUCUUCAAGCUCCUCCUUUUGAACCUAUGCAUUCACUGGACAUUAAACUACUUUCUUGGAAAGUUUUUUGUUUCUUUUGGCCAUCUCUUCUGCUAGAAGAGUUUCUGAAUUAUCUGCUCUUUCUUGUGAGUCUCCUUUUCUGAUUUUUCAUCAGGAUAAGGCGGUGUUGCGAACUUCUUUUAAAUUUUUACCUAAGGUUGUGAAUUCUAACAACAUUAGUAGAGAAAUUGUGGUUCCUUCAUUGUGUCCUAAUCCUAAGAAUUCUAAGGAUAGAUCUUUGCAUUCUUUGGAUGUAGUUAGAGCUUUGAAAUAUUAUGUUGAAGCUACUAAGAAUUUCCGAAAGACUUCUAGUCUAUUUGUUAUCUUUUCCGUUUCUAGGAAAGGUCAGAAGGCCUCUGCCAUUUCUUUGGCAUCUUGGUUGAAAUCUUUAAUUCAUCAUGCUUAUGUUGAGUCGGGUACAACUCCGCCUCAAAGGAUUACAGCUCAUUCUACUAGGUCAGUUUCUACUUCCUGGGCGUUUAGGAAUGAAGCUUCGGUUGAUCAGAUUUGUAAAGCAGCAACUUGGUCUUAUUUGCAUACUUUUACUAAAUUCUACCAUUUUGAUGUAUUUUCUUCUUCUGAAGCAGUUUUUGGUAGAAAAGUACUUCAGGCAGCUGUUUCAGUUUGAUUCUUCUGCUUAUAAUUUCAGUUUUUUUCAUUAUAAGAUUUAAACUUUGUUUUGGGUGUGGAUUAUUUUCAGCGGAAUUGGCUGUCUUUAUUUUAUCCCUCCCUCUCUAGUGACUCUUGCUUGGAAGAUCCACAUCUUGGGUAUUCAUUAUCCCAUACGUCACUAGCUCAUGGACUCUUGCUAAUUACAUGAAAGAAAACAUAAUUUAUGUAAGAACUUACCUAAUAAAUUCAUUUCUUUCAUAUUCGCAAGAGUCCAUGAGGCCCACCCUUUUUUUGUGGUGGUUAUGAUUUUUUUGUAUAAAGCACAAUUAUUCCAAUUCCUUAUUUUUUAUGCUUUCACACUUUUGUCUUAUCACCCCACUUCUUGGCUAUGCGUUAAACUGAUUUGUGGGUGUGGUGAGGGGUGUAUUUAUAGGCAUUUUGAGGUUUGGGAAACUUUGCCCCUCCUGGUAGGAAUGUAUAUCCCAUACGUCACUAGCUCAUGGACUCUUGCUAAUAUGAAAGAAAUGAAUUUAUCAGGUAAGUUCUUACAUAAAUUAUGUUUUUUUUGUUACAGCCGGAUACUGCCUUCUCCUGUUUCCAGAUUGCCUUCCAAAUAUAGCUUUGAUUUGACAAUACUAAAUUACAGGAUAAAGCCCCCAAAUAAGUCUAGCUGGGACUGAGGCCUUGCAGAUAUUUUAUCUUUUGGAAGUGUUACACAGAUUUAUUUUUUAACAUUCUCCCCACACUCCAUUUAUGAAAUUAUGCAUGGAAAUGGUUUGUCCUUUCAAACAUAAAUAAAUAAUCCAAAAUAAACAGUUAAAAAAAGAAUAAAUAAUACAUUUUUUUGAUAGUCAACAUAAAUAUUUGUAAUGUGUGUUUUGAAACGGUGUAAUUUUUAUUUCCUGAACUAGGUCAACAUUUACAUUCUGUGAUGAUUUUUUUUUCUUCUAAAUAACAUGUCUGUAAAUAGAUGUUUGAUAAGAGAAGAGUGUAUUGUUCAUGCAUAUUUGUUUCUCUAUGCAUCACAUUAUUAAUCCUAAAAAAUAAAGCACUUGAGGAAUACA